AUUAUUCGAAUGGCCUAUAUUCGUUUUGUAAGGAUUAUCCACUCCAUGAGUGACCCCAAAUUGUGGUGUGAAUGUGAUGCGAUAUUCUGUAUAGUUCACUCAUUCCUUUUCAUCAAAACCUUCGGAGAAUAAACAGUUAUCCACAUAGCUAGCUCCAAAUCAUAACUACUAUCGGUCUGAUCGAUCAAAAAAAAUGUUGAUGACCAAACUCUCCAUGUACUCUCACAAAGGUUUGACAACUCCUCCUCAUCCUUCACCGGCAGUGCCGAUUAUUCCUCGGCCUAUUCCAACAUCCGUCAGAACAACCACAGAACAGAGCCGGAUUCGAAGAGCAGCUGCAGUUUUUGCUGCGAAAUCUGGUGGAGGAUUUUCACUCAACUCGAUCUUAAAAAGGUGUGAAACCUGCGAAGGCAAAGGGGCAAUUGACUGUCAGGGUUGCAAGGGUACAGGAAGGAAUAAGAAACAUGGAAAUAUUUUUGAGCGUUGGAAGUGUUUCGAUUGCCAAGGAUUUGGGAUGAAGGGUUGCCCCAGCUGUGGGAAAGGAGGACUAACACCAGAACAAAGAUCGAGGAGAAAGAUAAAAGAGUUCGAUUGAGGAAAGGAAGUCACUAGCUAGUUUGAACUUUGUCCCAAUGCCAUAUAUAUAUGAACUUCAAUUAUAAGAUGACCAAUGGAUCGAUCCGUUGGAGAAAAUCACUACCACUCAAAAGAUUUUCCACCGCAA